UUUUGGUCAGCUAGUAAAUUUUGGGCUUCUUUCUUAGGUGUAAAGCUUUAAAAUCGAGGGAGUGCAUUCUUUAUAAUAUGAAUAAUAUCAUGAUUUCUAGUGUUAGGCAACGAUAGAAUAUGAAAAUCUGUAGCAGACGCACCCGCUGGCAGUUACUUUCCACCAUGAUACGUGGUGUGCAUUAUGUCGUUGACUCAUGGGAUAUCCCUAGGAUGGUUCUCGCCCACUCUGCCCACUCUCAUCUCGGACAACAGUCCAAUUGGCCAUCCCAUUGACAUCAGCGAGGUGAAGUGGUAUUUCAGCAUAGUGAAUUUAGGUGUAAAUUUAACUUGCAUCAUUGAGAUUUCCAGGAUCGGUGCUGCUUUUGGAAUUGGGUGUCUGAUUUGUAAUAUGGUAAUUUGCGUCCCGGUCUCGUAUAUCGGAAUUAAGAAGUGCAUGUACUUUGUGCCCCUACCAAAUAUCCUUAAUUGGAUCUUGAUCUACUUCGCAAGCAAAUCACUGUAUUUUUAUGUGUGCCGCGUCCUUUUGGGGUUUUCUGGUGGCACUUUGGUGGUUUGCUUUCCUGUAUUUAUCGCGGAAGUAUCUGAUAAUAGCGUUCGUGGAACUCUAGGCUCUUUUUUUAUGAUGACACUCUGUAGUGGCAUCACAGUGGGAUUUGUGUUGGUCUAUUGCCUAUCCUACCAUGUGCUUCCGUGCGUCGUCGUUUUCCUGCCAAUUCUAUAUUUGUGCCUCAUCAUUCCGCUUCCUGAGCCUCCACAGGACCUUCUGAAACGGGGUUAUGAAGAAAAGGCCGAAAAGUCCUUUUGCUUUUACAAGAACUUAUCGAAGGAUCCAGCGCAACAGGCCGAAAAUAAAGCUGAAUUUGACAUAUUGCGGAAUAAAGUUCUCGCCAGCGGCAUAACCGAAAAGAUUACUAGUGCUGAUUUCUUUAACAAGGUCUCGGGAAAAGCAUUUGGACUGAUCGCCGUUUUGCUGCUCUCCAAUCAGAUGUCGGGCUCCUUUGCCAUCUUCAACUAUUCGUCGACCAUCUUCGAGCAGCUCGGUAGCAGGAUGGAGCCCAAUCUAUGUGGCAUAUUUCUGGGUGUUGUGCAGAUUUUUGGUUUGAUCAGCGCCGUUUUGCUGGUGGACCGCGUGGGUCGUCGGCUCCUUUUGAUCCCAUCGCUGGCCGGAAUGGGUCUGGCUGAGCUGGGAGUGGGUCUGCUGAAGUCCUUUGCCUCGCAGGACUUUUUACACAACAAUGGUUGGAUUGCACUAACCCUAAUGGGCAUUGUGUCCUUCACGGCGUCAGCGGGCAUAGUGGCUCUUACCUUUGUUAUCAUAGUUGAGCUUCUGCCCUUUAAGAUUCGCGCCCCUGGCAUCUCCAUCAGUAUGUGCGGACUCAGUUUAUCCGUAUUCAUUGCCCUCAUCACUUAUCCCGUCCUGAUCAACGAUUAUGGAGUGCAUGUCACAAUGUUUGUGUCGGCGAGUUUCUGUCUACUAGGUUUGAUAGUUCUGGGAAUAUUUUUGCCUGAGACCAGGGGCAAGAGCAUUACCCAAUAAUGGGCUAAUUAAGUAGAACCAGUACAUAUCGAAUUCACGUAGUUUAGAUAAGUGAUAAAAAGCUAGGUUUGCGAAAUCGAUCCUAAGUGAUAGCGAUAUACUUCUAGCAACAAGCCAUAACAAAUAAAAGCAAGCGUAUUGCUAAGAGAUAAACCAUUGAAAUAGGUUUCGAUUUGGAAUAAGAUAUUUAUUAAAAAACUCUGGAAUCUCUUGGAGUCAUUUUCUGAUAGAUGUCUCAGUUUUAUAAUCUUCCUUUAGAGUAAAAAAAAGAGAAAAUGUAUAAAAAUUCAUAAUAAAUGUGUAAAUGCAAAUAGCUCAAAUAAAAUCCAA